AAAAAAACAAUUAAAGAAAUGUUUGCCAUAGAAAUAAAAUAUUGCAAAUAAAAUAUUGCUAAUCACCCACCCCCCCCAAAAAAACUCAUUUGAAAUCUACUGGAGGAGUUAAGCCUCCCAAUAGAAGUAGCAUUUGAAGGUUGAGUAGGCAUUUAUUUUUAGAUCUGACCAACAGCGGGGUAAAGAAGGCUCAAAGGCAUGGAGGAGUGAAUGAGCAUGGCAUUUUCAGAGUUCAAUGUCAUUUUAUUAAUUUGAAGCAUAAAAUCAAGGGGUGAGUGACGGUAUUACCAAAAAUUGAGACUAGACAGGUAAUCUGCAUAUGUUCUGUAGGUAUGGGAAACUAAGAAUGCUUAUGAAUAGGGAAUGUUAAGAUCAGAUAUGUGGAAGAUGAAGUGGAAAGACUGUUAUGAGGUUUUUAGUUAAAAAAUUAUUCUCCUUCUGCCUCUAUAUGAAGUAACCUAGAUGACAGCUGAGGUGAACCUGUCUUUUGAAAAUUAGGUAAGUUCUGUUUAAUCCUUAGGUCCUCUGUGUCCUAUGGGAAGUUCAAUGCCCACCCUAAGAUCCUGAUAAGUUUCUGGGAGCUCUUAUUCCCAUAGUUAGUUCUGGCUCUGAGUUUCUGCUCCAGUUCUUUAAUCUCACAUCUCGCUCUCCACGGACAUACUAUUUUAUUUGCUACACACCUGCCUAGUUGUAGAACUCAGUCCCUUUUCCUUGAGGUGCCCUAAAUCCAUUCACCCAAGGUAUUUAUGAGGACAGAUUUUGUUGAAGUUUUGUAACAAUAGAUUAUGCAUACAUUUAAACAACAUAUACAUAAACUUAGAAUAUUAGAAAUUUAUGUUCUUAAAUGUUAUUUGGUUAACCCACCCCUGGAAAUAUGCACAACCUUUCAUCAGAACCCGGAAUCUUGCCUUAUGACUGGUCCCCUUUCUCCCUCUUUCUACCCAUGCUGCUAUAUUUUUCUCUUUGGAUACCUCCCUUCCAUCCUGCCUUCCCUAAUGCUGGUUAAAUUUCUUAUGAGUUUGUUUGAAUGGUGUGUUUCAUUGUCCUUUCAUACCUUUCCCUCAAGACUUCAUCCUCUUUGCAUAUUGGAGAGUUUUGCUAAACAAAAGCAGUUCCCUCUAAAAGGAGCUUAGGGGUCAUCUGUCAAAAUACUAAUUGUUUUGCCCUACUACAAGGCAAAGAAGAACGAUAGACAACACAAAAUUUCAAAACUUCUGGGCAUGGAUUAUGCUAUCUUCUAUUGUUUGAAGGUGUUGAAUAUUUUUAUUUCAAAGAAGUUCCAUCCUAAUAUAUUUGGAGGCUCAUUUAAGUAGUGAUUUAAUGAACUAAGGCACUGAUUGAAGUAGAUGUGUUUAUUGCUACCUCUGUAAAUUUCAUAUCUGUGUGUGUCAAAGACAUACAUGUGAUAUAUACAUAUAUAUGUAUAUGUGUGUAUAUAUGCAUAUAUACAUACACACAUAUAUAAUUAGUGUGGUUUGCCAAGUGAUAUACACUGGAUACCUCAUUUAAUCCUCACAAAUAGGAAGCAGCUUCUCUUAUUUCCUCCAUUUUACAGAUGAGGAAUUGAGGCUUAGAGAUGUGAGAUGACACGAACAAGUUUACCCAGUAAGUGAUCAAACCUGUCUCCAACAGCAUCCCUAGUUUUAGCCUGGAUGCUCCAUCACCUCCUCAGGCACAUGCCUGGUUCAAUUCAGUCCCUUUAAACAAACAAGCAAGCAAGCUGGCAGCCAACAUGUGGACUCCAGACCUUUCUUCUGCGCUACUGAUUGUGCUUCCAGUCGCCUGAUUGACGUUUCCACUGCGCUGCCUCACAGUUAUUGGAUGAACUCCCAAUGAUUUACAGCUGUUGUAUAUUUGUAUACUGCCUGUUUGAAUGUUUCAAGAUCAAGAACACAGUAAACUACCAUCUUCUUUUUAUAUUAGUUCUAUUCAGUUUAAUAGUAACCACAGUUUACCUUAAGGUAAAAGAACCUAUAUUCCAUCAGGUCAUGUAUGGAAUGUUGGUCUUCACAUUAGUACUACGAUCUAUUUAUAUUGUUACAUGGGUUUAUCCAUGGCUUAGAGGAUUGGGAUAUACAUCCUUGGGUAUAUUUUUAUUAGGAUUUUUAUUAUGGAACAUAGAUAACAUUUUUUGUGAUUCAUUGAGGAACUUUCGAAAGAAAGUGCCACCCAUCAUAGGUGUCACCACACAAUUUCAUGCAUGGUGGCAUAUUUUAACUGGCCUUGGCUCUUAUCUUCACAUCCUUUUCAGUUUAUACACAAGAACACUUUACCUGAGAUACAGGCCAAAAGUAAAGUUUAUCCUCGGAAUCUGGCCAGUGAUCCUGCUUGAGCCUCUCAGGAAACACUAAGGAAUUAUUCCACCAAGAAAACCAAAAUCCACCUACCAUAGGCCUGGCAGAAUGAAUAAGGAAAUCCUUAAAGAUCUAAAUGUCCAAAUACAUCAUGACCGUUGCAGCAAAGGAAUGACUUUUUAAUUAAUACUGCCAGCCACACAGAGAAUGAGGAAUGGGGCCUGUUCGGUGUUAAAUGCAUGUUUGUCUUUCAUUCCUCCUCUUCUUCCUUAAGAUGUUUAAAAAGAAACAGAUAUGAUGUUUAUGUAUAUACUCAAAUUCUGGAAAAAUUGGGCUUUUCUUACAGGUUAACAGUUCAUGCUGGUCAUAGGAAAUUAACCUUUUUUUUUCUUUUUGACAAGGAUUGCAUGUGAAUUAUAACCUUUCAUCUAUGAUUUGAAAUGAACAUCUGAUUAAAUUAUGAAAAUAGUCAUCUAAGGACUAGCAAAACCCCAUAUCCAGAUGGUCAGCUGUGAACCAGCACUUAGCUGCGUCAGCUUUGAUUUACAUUUUUGUCAUUUUAACCUCAUGAAUGAUUUUCCAAGGUUAAAAAAGAGCUAACUGUGGGAUUCUGGAUUCCCUGUCAGCCUCUGUGCUAGUUGGCGUGUCAUAAACAAGCUGUCGUAACUAUCAAAAAUUGUGUGUGUGCUGCCUCAGCAUCCAUCUUACUCUGGCUAAACCACUGACCUCAACGCUGAUCUUUGGCCUAGUUAAGGAACAGCUUUCCAGCCCUGAGGCAUAAACUCCCUCAGAGCCCAAACCCACAUCUGGGGCCACCCAUACCACCCACACACCUCACCCAAAACCCACAGCUGGUCCCAAGCAAUAAGCUAACCAUCCCCAUUGCCCUGAGAUCCCCGGUCCCUUUUCCUUUUCACACAGAGUUACUUUAACCUGUCCUUGACUCCCACAGGAAAUCUGCUAAUCUCCAUUCCUGGGCCACAAUAAAGGCACAAGCCCCCAGGUUCCUCUUGCUCUGCCCAUGUGCUCACCUGCUGGUUGAACCACCUGAGCCGCUAGUGCUUCCCAUAGAACCCCCAUAGUACCUGUCUCUCUCUGGGACCUGUGAGUAACAAAUCACCUUUUCUCAUGCAUUAUAAUGACCUUAUUCUCCCAUUGUAUCAUGCCUGACCUCCACCCAAACCCAAAUUAAAAAUCCAGCAUAACUAAUUUAAAAUGCAAGCUCUGACCUGCUACUGGAUUCUAUACUUGUCACAUCCCAGGGUUUGCAGUGGACCCUGGGUCCAUCUUGAAAUCUUCGGAAGGUCCAUGAGGAAACCUAUAAUAUGUUGUACAUUCCGCCAGUUAAAAAUGGUUACUCUGUUUCCUUUGAUCUUUGCAGAUGUUUACAUUUGGUUUUAUAGCUGGACAAACACAAUUAGAUGUCUAGCCUAUCCAUACUCCAUUCUCCUAGCAUACUUUAUCAGUAAAUAUCAAAAUACUCUGACUUUUUAAAUUAUGCAACAUUUUCCAGUUCUUGGGAGAGGCAAUGGUAUGACUCAGGAAAGUCUGUCAGGUUAACUAGAGCUACAAUGAUCUUAUUUACAUAAAGCUUAAUGAAAAUAUCUGCUCCUUUCAUUUUUUGAGGGAAAAAACUAUAAAGGUUUAGGACAGUUCUCUCCAACUAACUUGUAGCUUAAAGAACCCCCAAAACUUGAAGUGCCAAGAAAAGGCAGUCAAAUCUCACUAUAGGGUAGCUAGCCCUAAUUUGGGUUUGAAUAGGUAUAACAAAUUGAAUCAUUUUUCAAAAACAUAACACCUGCCUGGAUUAAAAGCCUAAUUUAACCCCUUUGCUUGUAGGUUGCCAUAUUUGUAGCUCUGUACCAUUUCACAUUUUUUCAGCUUUUCUCCUACUGUAUUAUAAACUCUAGAUCAUUUUACUUACAUGGUGAGAUUACCCCAGAUGAAAUCCUGAGCUAUAGCUUCAAAAUGAAAACCUUUUUGUUACUAUGCAAAAGUGGCAAAACACUUCUGUCAUUUUUCCAGUAGCCAAUAAAUAACCUCAGUACAGAAUAAAACCAAAACAAAUUUUGUUUUUUCUUCUCUAGUUUUAGCCCUCUAGUGCCCAAGCACUAUUUUCCUUCCCUUCAUGUGCAAACAUGCCAUUAGGCAGAAACUUCCCAUUUUGCUCACCUAUUUUUGUGAUCCUCCAGCAGAGAAAAACACUUUCCAAAACAAAUCCAUGAGAACUUCGGUUGUGGAGCUCAGAGUCUUAAGAAGGUAUAAAACCAAAGAGCUCCAAAAACACGCACAGCCCACAACUGUACUUUCUUUUGCCACAAGAGCUUGACUCCUGGCUACAUUUCACCUGCAGUGACACAGGGUCUCAGCCAGUAUAAAGUUUUUAAUGAGUUCAUGUGUUUCACACCAUUCUCUUUUUAAUGCUUUUCACUCAAGAUAUACUUCUGCAUAGAGUCAAUAUAGGAUCAAAGGCACAUUAAAGUUAUGGAGGGUGCAUCCUGAUACUGCAUAUAGAACAGGGUGUUGAAUGAGCAAUACAGCCACCACCAGCAGUGAUCGUUUGUUAAACAAAGUUAUUGGAGAGGCAUCUGCACUGCUGGGUAACUUCUUCAAAGACCAUUGUUUCUGUUGUGAAAAUAGGAUGAAAGCUCAGCAUCAAACAUUUUAGAAGUGUUAAGGAGAAAACAGAGAUUCAAUUCUCUGACUUUAAUUUUCCAAGUCAGCUUGUGCUUCACACAUGGCUCUCUUUUUAGCAACAUAAGUGUCACACUCAAGACUUUGUAUCUGGGCCAUAUCAAGUAUUAUGGAAAUCAUUACUGACCUUCUGGAUAAGGCAAAAUCAUCUUUAUUUCAAUGGCUUUUUUUUUUCUUUUUAGGAUUCUGGGUGAACAUCACAGGGUUGGAUUCCUCCCUGGUUCCCUACCCUUUGUUUUCUUAGAAAACUUUCUGUGUAACUACAGCAUACAAAAAACAUGUUUCCUGCCAAGCAAAUAUUGUUUGUUUAUCACCUGAUGUGAAAGGUGCUCAUCAGUGUGCCUUACGUAGCAAAUUAUAUUUUAGAAAACAUUAAUACUUUGUGAAGGCGCAAAAGAAGCAGUUUGCUUGCACAUUUUAAAACUCAUUCCUAUGUUGCCAUUUUCACUCCAGAAAAUUGAGAGCAAUUUGACUUAAAAAAAAAAAAAAAAAAAAGGAAAAA